AUGUACUUACUUGGGGCUUAUUUGCCUGAUCAUAAACUCGUGCGCAUUGCACUGACCAACUUCUAUGGCAUUUCUUAUGACACGGCCCGUCGGCUCUGUGCACGGAUCCAAGUCCAUGAGAGUGCCACUGUUUCCUCUCUUACUGAGUCUCAAAUCACUGAAUUGUCGGCCUACCUGUCAUCACCAGGCUUGAUUCCUGCUCGUACGCCUUCGCCGACACGAUCGACCUUAACGGGUGAAAUGCCGAAGCCAGAGACGCCAUCUGACCCCAGUCAGCUCCCUGCUUCCCAACGGCCCAAUGCAUCGAUGGAUCCUCUUCGUUCCAUUGUGAUUGAGGGCGAUCUUCGUCGUGAGAACCUAGCGAAUAUUGCUCACCACCGCUCGAUCGGCUCAUACAAAGGCCGUCGACAUGCCGGUGGUUUUCCUGUGCGUGGCCAACGCACGCAACGAAAUGGCUUGACUGCUCGGCGGCUGAACCGUCUUGAGCGUCGCCAAUACUCGACUACUUCUCUGGUGGAGACGCUGCAGCCCCUUGCGCGAGCCCGCUUUGCGUAA